AUGGAUGUGGAAGCACCCACAAUGGCUGACGUUGUCAGCCUGCAAAUUUCUCUUCCUCAAAUGAUCGAUCUUGCUCUCGGAACGCCGGAGGUUGGCGUGGUUAACUUUAAUAUUCUUCAUAAUUUUCUCCACAUUUUGUUGCAACAAAUAAAUUUACAAGCUACUAAAGUGGAAUACCGCAACGAAAGCGCGGAUCGUAUUAAAACAAUGGUCCAGUCCUUGAAGCUGGGACCUACUCUUUAUCUUCACGAGUACAACAUUACCGAUGGUAUUGAAAAAGUAUUGCAACGAAUUCAAGAAGAGAAGGAGGUUACAAUAAUUACAGAAGAUAGCCAACCACUUACGGAGGAAGAUUUAAAAGUGACGAAAGGAAUACAGCAAGAAAUAGGUCCUGAAAAGGAAAACGAUGUUCAGAAGGUUAUUUUUGUGGAACCUGUCGUAAAUGGUGCUCCUCCUACAGCUUUAGCAUUCAAAGAACUUCAACAAACUGUAAAACAGUUACAAGACCAAUUUCAAGCUUUGGAGACUUUACCUACGACUCCGGAAAUAGUCGAACGUUUAAAUGGCAAAAACGGAGCUCCUGUCACAGAUAUGUGGCAAUUCAUUAACAUCAAUAAGAGAUUAGACGCGAGCGAAGAAGGUAUCGAGAAGCUUACGACAAUGAUAGAAGAUGUGAUUAAAGGCGAAGUUGCAAUUGCAACAACAGACAUAUCGUUGAUUAACACAAGAUUGGAUGAACUUGAAGGGAAAGUUGCAAAGAUGGAGGAGAAGCUCAUCCAUUUGCAAUCAAUUACCAAUAUUAUACUCGAAGAUAUAUCGCCAACUGCUGAUAAUCAUGUAACAGCAGCAGCAGAAAACAUAGCAGAAGAAGUCGCAGAAGUCACAGCAGCAGCAGCAGGAGCAGCAGAGAUUGCAGCCGAUAAAAAUGUCGUACCAUCCCCUGUAAAAGAAGAAAUGGCAGAUGAACUUUCUAAACCAGCAGCUAAUAAAAUUUCCAAUGCGACAAUUAACAAACUUGCUGCUCGAUUGUCAAUUCCGGAAAUACGCCAAGAUGUCGCUACAUUGAAAGUGGAUGUAGCUGAGAUACAGCGGGAAGUGCAAGAUCUUAAUGAAAAAAUUGCAGGUGUAGUUAAAGAUAUAGAGAGAAUAGUUGAAGUGAGUGAUGUUGCAAACUUGGAGCAAUGUCUAGAAGCUGUGAAACAAGUGGAGACGACGCAUGGCAAAAUUAUAAAUGAUAUUAUUGAACGCGUGGUUGUAUUGGAGAAAGAAAUCGAGCAAUUAUCGGAAACAGUGAACGCUAUGCAAGCAAUUCAUAAAACAGAUGAUGUUGAUAUUAAUGAACUUGUUACAAAAAUACAAGGAAUAGAAGGAGAUAUGGAAAGAAUCGGAGAAACAAUGGAUAAAUUGUUCGAUGAUAAAGAGAAAAAAGAAACGUACAUUAAUACGUUGUUAGAACAAAUAGAAGUUCUAAAAACCGUGAAAGCAGACAAGGAAGAUCUCGAAGAUGCUUUGGCUGAUAAAGCAGACGCUCAAACCGUUAACAGAAAGGUAUCGCAUGAUCAAUUUGAUGCUGCCUGUGACGAUCUUUCGCGUGGUCUCGAAGAGGCGAUCGAUAAACUGACUAAGCAAGAAUCGAUUUGGCAACAAGCGCUUGACGAAGUGCAGAACGAAAUUGCGGCCAAGGUAGAUAAAAUCGAGAUGACGCCGUUGAAGGACUUCGUGCAUAAGAAAUUGAAGUCGCUUCAAGAAAAGCUAAAAAUCAUGGCCGAGGCGAGGCGCGAGAUCGAGGCGGCUGGAACAAAGAAACUGCUCAGAGAUGUUCAGUGUAUAUCGUGCGACAAGGAUGUCGUGAUGAAAAAAGCGGAAACCGCCAGAUUUCGUGCCGAACCAUUACCUUGUACCGUCAGUAUGAAGCCUUAUCUUACAUACCAGUUGGAUCAAGUUAGGAAGCAGCAGAAAAAAUUGCCUCACAGCAGAAAUAUGAUCCAAUUUGAAGCGGCAGUGCAGGAGGAGGCCAAGAAAAUAAAAGUAAAAGAAGAGAUACUCAUAAAGACUCCCAGAGAUAAUUUGGUUAACCGUUAUUGCGGCGGGAGUCAUACGGUCGUGACUCCUCAUCAAAAGGUUAUGCGGGUAGAACAUUUCUUGACCCAAUGGGGACCCCAGACCGUACAAUUAACAGACGGUUUAAUAAAAGGAAAAGACGGUAAGAUGUAUCGUAGCCGAUUAUUGCCGGAUAAGCUGGACGUCUGCGGACCGAUUUACUGGGAGAAUCAAAUUAGCGAUCGAGAUGAAACUCGAUCUUCGAUUUGUCAUGAACGUGCGCCAAUUACUUCAAGAUCGCUUCCUAAAUCUUCGCCGAUUCGACGAAAUAACACUGAACGAUAUCAUGCAAAAAAAUCGAAGGAACCGAGGACGUUCGAAAAGGCAGAGAAACCGAUUGUAGAAGCGAGCCAAAUGACACUGCCACAAAGAAUUGUCGACGAACGCCCGUUAAUUAUCCCUGAAUCUCAGAAUGAGAUCGUGCUAUACGAAACUAGCAAAGCGAUAGAAGGAGAAUAAAUGAUAGAAUAU